AUGCUGGGCGUGGCGGCAGGAAUGACCAACAGUAACAUGGCCAAUGCUCUGGCCAAUGCCACUUGUGAGCGCUGCAGGGGGGGUUUUGCACCCGCCGAGAAGAUUGUGAACAGUAACGGUGAGCUGUACCAUGAGCAGUGUUUUGUAUGUGCUCAGUGCUUCCAGCAGUUCCCGGAAGGACUUUUCUAUGAGUUUGAAGGGAGGAAGUACUGUGAACAUGAUUUUCAGAUGCUUUUUGCACCCUGCUGCCAUCAGUGCGGUGAAUUCAUCAUUGGCCGAGUUAUCAAAGCCAUGAAUAACAGCUGGCAUCCUGAGUGCUUCUGCUGUGACCUCUGCCAGGAGGUCCUGGCAGAUAUUGGAUUUGUCAAGAAUGCUGGGAGGCAUCUGUGUCGCCCCUGUCAUAAUCGUGAGAAAGCCAGAGGCCUUGGAAAAUACAUCUGCCAGAAAUGCCAUGCCAUCAUUGACGAGCAGCCUCUGAUAUUCAAGAACGACCCUUAUCAUCCAGACCACUUCAACUGUGCCAACUGCGGGAAGGAGCUGACUGCUGAUGCCCGGGAGCUGAAAGGAGAACUGUAUUGCUUGCCAUGCCAUGAUAAAAUGGGGGUUCCCAUCUGUGGUGCUUGUCGGCGCCCCAUUGAAGGGCGUGUGGUCAAUGCCAUGGGCAAACAGUGGCAUGUGGAGCAUUUUGUUUGCGCCAAAUGUGAAAAACCAUUUCUUGGACAUCGCCAUUAUGAAAGGAAGGGCCUUGCAUAUUGUGAAACCCACUAUAACCAGCUAUUUGGUGAUGUUUGUUUCCACUGCAACCGUGUUAUAGAAGGUGAUGUGGUCUCCGCUCUUAACAAGGCCUGGUGUGUGAACUGUUUUGCCUGUUCUACCUGCAACACUAAAUUAACACUCAAGAAUAAAUUUGUGGAGUUCGAUAUGAAGCCAGUCUGUAAAAAGUGCUAUGAGAAAUUCCCGUUGGAGCUGAAGAAAAGACUUAAGAAACUAGCUGAGACCUUAGGAAGGAAAUAA